CCCUAAUGAAGAGGUUGCUAUUACAAUAUGUAGUAAUCAACAGACUUCUGAUAAUGAGCUAGUAUAUGAGCAUAAAAUAGUAACUAAUUUCAAUAUGCUAAAUGAAAUUCGACAUACACAUAUAUUAUCAGAGACUAUUAGACAAAAUUUAUCAAGUAAAGCAAAAUACAAUCAGGGUUUCGGUUAUGCUAAAAAAGCAAUUGACCUAGCACUUCAAUUAGGACAAGAGAAUGAGUUAAAUAAACUUUUAUUAGGAUGGAUCAAAGAAAAAGAGAUGGAAAUUCAUAAUACACAAUUUGAGCAUGAAACAUUAAAUAUUAGUAAUCCUUAUUAUACAUGUACAAAAGGUGUACCAAAAAAGCAUUUGAAGAGCGUAUUAGAAAAUAUUUCUAAUACUACUAUCAACAAGGACUAUAAUGAUACAUCAAACAAUAAUAUUG